GGGCGGAGGGCCGGCGCGGCGGCAGGAUGUGUGACCGGAAUGGUGGCCGGCGGCUUCGGCAGUGGCUGAUCGAGCAAAUCGACAGCAGCAUGUACCCUGGGCUGAUUUGGGAAAAUGAUGAGAAGAGCAUGUUCCGGAUCCCUUGGAAGCACGCGGGCAAACAGGAUUAUAAUCAGGAAGUGGAUGCCUCCAUUUUCAAGGCCUGGGCCGUGUUCAAAGGGAAGUUUAAGGAAGGGGACAAGGCUGAACCAGCCACUUGGAAGACCAGGCUACGCUGUGCUUUGAACAAGAGCCCCGAUUUUGAGGAAGUGACAGACCGGUCCCAGCUGGACAUUUCAGAGCCGUACAAAGUUUACCGCAUCGUCCCGGAGGAGGAGCAGAAAUGCAAGUUAGGCAUGGCGACCGCCGGCUGCGUGAGCGACCUCACGGAGAUGGAGUGCGGGCGCUCUGACAUCGACGAGCUCAUCAAGGAGCCUUCCGUGGACGAGUACAUGGGGGUGGUCAAGCGGAGCCCUUCUCCACCAGAGGCCUGCAGGGCCCAGCUGCUCCCGGACUGGUGGCUCCCGCAGCCCAGCACAGGCCUGCCGCUGGUCACCGGGUACACCGCCUACGACGCGCACCACGCAGCCUUCUCCCAGAUGGUCAUCAGCUUCUACUACGGGGGCAAGCUGGUGGGCCAGACCACCACCACCUGCCCCGAGGGCUGCCGCCUGUCGCUGAGCCCGCCGGGCCCGACCCAGCACGGGGAGCACGUGCAUGAACGGAAGGCUGCACGUCCCCAGGGCGCCCGGCUGACCCAGGCCAGGGGGCCUCGUGCAGACCACGGCCACCACCUUCAGGAGAGCGGCUGGGACCCUGCUGACCGUAGACUGUGGUGUGGCCCCAGGCCCGGGGUCCGUGUCCCCGCCGCCACCCGCCCCGUUGACCAGGGCGCCCACCGCCCCCAACCCGCCCGGGCCGCGUCCACACGCGCACCACGACCACCACCGGCUGGCCCGUGGGUCGACUGA